CGUGUCGACGUCGGCCCACGCCGAGACGGAAGAGGCGCGGGCCGGGAAAGGAGCGGGCCGACGGUGUGGCGCGUCCGUCCCCAUGGCGCUUUGGCGCGGCUCUGCGUACGCCGGCUUCCUGGCGCUGGCGGUGGGCUGUGUCCUCCUGCUGGAGCCGCAGCUGCCCGGCUCUGCGCUUCGCUCGCUGUGGAGCUCGCUGCAGCUGGCGCCCGCGGGACCCGGCUCCCCUGAGGGCCGCUUGGCGGCCGCCUGGGACGCGCUCAUCGUACGGCCGGCCCGGCGUUGGCGCCGCGUGGCCGUGGGAGUCAAUGCCUGUGUGGAUGUAGUGCUCUCGGGGGUGAAGCUCUUGCAGGCGCUUGGCCAGAGUCCUGGGAAUGGGAAAGAUCACACCAUUCUGCAUUCAAGGAAUGAUCUGGAAGAAGCUUUCGUUCACUUCAUGGGGAAGGGAGCCGCAGCUGAGCGCUUCUUUAGCGAUAAGGAGGCUUUCCGUGACGUUGCCCAGAUUGCAUCAGAGCUCCCAGGAGCGCAGCACUAUGUAGGAGGAAAUGCAGCUUUAAUUGGACAGAAAUUUGCAGCCAACUCAGAUUUAAAGGUUCUUCUUUGCGGUCCAGUUGGUCCAAAGCUGCAUGAACUUCUUGACGAUAAUGUAUUUGUUCCACCACAAUCAUUGCAGGAAGUGGAUGAGUUCCACCUAAUUUUAGAAUAUCAAGCAGGGGAGGAGUGGGGCCAGUUAAAAGCUCCCCAUGCCAACCGAUUCAUCUUCUCCCACGACCUCUCCAACGGGGCCAUGAAUAUGCUGGAAGUGUUUGUGUCUAGCCUGGAGGAGUUUCAGCCAGACCUGGUGGUCCUCUCGGGAUUGCACAUGAUGGAGGGACAGAGCAAGGAGCUCCAGAGGAAGAGGCUCUUGGAGGUCGUGACCUCCAUUUCGGACAUCCCCGCUGGUACCCCAGUUCACCUCGAGCUGGCCAGCAUGACCAACAAGGAGCUCAUGCGGAGCAUUGUGCAUCAGCAGGUCUUUCCUGCGGUGACGUCCCUGGGGCUGAACGAGCAGGAGCUGCUGUUCCUCAGCCAGGCGGCAUCGGGACCCCACUCCUCUCUCUCUUCCUGGAAUGGCGUCCCCGACGUGGGCAUGGUCAGUGACAUCCUCUUUUGGAUCUUGAAGGAACAUGGGUGGAGUAAAAGCAGAGCCUCGGACCUCACCAGGAUCCAUUUCCACACGCUGGUCUACCACAUCCUGGCAACUGUCGACGGACACUGGGCCAACCAGCUGGCGGCCGUGGCCGCGGGAGCCCGCGUGGCCGGGACGCAGGCCUGCGCAACAGAAACCAUAGACGCCAGCCGAGUGUCCCUGCGGGCACCCCGCGAGUUCGUGACUUCCCAUUCAGAGGCGGGCUCGAGGAUCGUAAUAAACCCCAACGAGCCAGUGGCGGAGUGGCACAGGGAGGGGAUAUCCUUCCACUUCACACCAGUACUGGUGUGUAAAGAUCCCAUUCGAACAGUGGGCCUUGGAGAUGCCAUUUCCGCCGAAGGCCUCUUCUAUUCAGAAGUCCGUCCUCACUCUUAGGAAGGUGGCUGUGGGUAAUUUUUCUGAAGGAGAGCUACCCAAUUUAAGAACUAUAGGAAAAAAAGAUGGAGGGGUAUCAAAACAGUUUCUAGAUCUAACUGAAAGAUAGAUAGCCAAAGAAACAGCAGACUCAGCUCUAUCAGAUACAUUCCAGCCUGUUGACGAUGACGCAAAAACAUUUCAGGUUUUAAUCAGAAUUUAGCUAUCUACUAACGAGACUGGAUUUUUCUUUUAUGUUGUGUGUUACAGGGGUAAAACUUGAUUCCCAUGUCCCCAUUUAUGCAGCGUUGUCCAGUAUUGUAGGCCAGACUGGCUCUGGAGAGCACGUCCGCCGGAGAAAGCACUUACCCGUUGCCCGGUGCAGGAGCGCAUGCUCGCUCGGCCGUGCUCCCGUCUCCAGUGAAGCCCAGCGCCAGCGUCUCAUGUUCUCUCUUAGCCCCGCGCUCCUGGGCAGGAUCACGAUUUCCACUCAGUGUUACAGUGAAGAUAAUUAUGAGCACACCUUCUGAGUCUUCUGCUCUCAAACUUAAGACAGCCACAAGUCAGGACAAAACGAUCGCUCCUGUGCGUUGCGGUCACAGCCUCGCGCAGCCUUUGGGGGAGGCCUUGGCUCUGUGUGCGUUCAGAAGCCUGGUUGGCCUGCGGGGCGGCCUCGGGGGCUGCCGGGCUCCGCCGUCUGCCCUGGUGCCCCGGGGUCGCAGGCUGGCUGGUCAGAGCCCACCAAGCCGGGGCCCAGCCUCGUGUGCCAGCUCUGCGUACGCUUUCCACCUUGCGAGACGGAUCUUGUUCAUUCUGAUCCUUGAAGGAGUUUGCUUUACAACUGGAAUAUGCUUCUGCGUGUGUAACAGAUCGUGUUUGUCUACACUGAUACACCACAUCCAUUAAAAAGUUUUACCUCAUCAGAGCCCCAGGAUCAUGAAUAAAUCUGUCAUGUUAUGUAUUUAUUUUUUUAUAAGUCAAGGAGACUUCUGUGUGCUUUUAAAUAUAUUAAAACAAUUUACAUUUCAGGAA